UUUAAAAUGCCGAGCCGCGUUGGAGUCAGGUCCCAGGACGAACCAAUGAGAAGCUCCAUUCCGCCUCCGCCCCUCCUAUUCCGCCCGAGGUCAAAAGCCAUCAUCUGGUGCUUUGUGGUCUGUGCGGGAAGCCGAGGGGCGCCUGGUCGGGCGUGGCUGCUACGCUCGCCGGACCUCUGCCCACAUGGCUCUGAGAGGCGUCUCCUUGCGGCUGCUGAGCGGCGGACACCGCCUGCGCUUCCUGCGCGCUUGGGGCUCGGCAGCGGCGCAGAGCGAGAAGGGCGGAAAGACACAGAGCCGACCGGCCAAGUCCUUGCGUCCAGUGUUUGACUGGAGGGAUCCGCUGGUCCUGGAGGAGCAGCUGACAACAGAUGAGAUCCUCAUCAGGGACACUUUCCGCACCUACUGCCAGGAGCGGCUCAUGCCCCGCAUUCUGCUGGCCAAUCGCAACGAAGUUUUUCACAGGGAGAUCAUCUCAGAGAUGGGGGAACUCGGUGUUUUGGGCCCCACGAUCAAAGGGUAUGGCUGUGCUGGAGUCUCAUCAGUGGCUUAUGGGCUCCUGGCCCGGGAGCUGGAGCGUGUGGACAGCGGCUACAGGUCAGCGAUGAGUGUCCAGUCCUCCCUUGUCAUGCACCCCAUCUACGCGUAUGGCAGCGAGGAGCAGCAGAAGAAGUACCUUCCCCUGCUGGCCAAAGGGGAGCUCCUGGGCUGCUUUGGGCUCACAGAGCCCAAUCACGGGAGUGAUCCUGGCAGCAUGGAGACCAGAGCCCGCCAUAACCCAUCCAGCAGGACCUACACCCUCAAUGGGGCCAAGACCUGGAUCACCAACUCGCCUGUGGCCGACCUGUUUGUAGUGUGGGCUCAGUGUGAAGAUAAGUGCAUUCGGGGCUUCCUGCUGGAGAAGGGGAUGCGGGGCCUCUCGGCCCCCAAGAUCGAGGGCAAGUUUUCUCUGCGGGCCUCAGCUACGGGCAUGAUUAUCAUGGACAGUGUGGAGGUGCCAGAGGAGAACGUGCUGCCCAAGGCUUCUGGGCUGGCGGGUCCCUUCGGCUGCCUAAACAAUGCCCGGUAUGGCAUCGCCUGGGGCGUGCUUGGAGCCGCUGAGUUCUGUUUGCACACAGCCCGGCAGUAUACCCUGGACAGGAUCCAGUUUGGUGUCCCGCUGGCCAGGAACCAGCUGAUUCAGAAGAAGCUGGCGGAUAUGCUCACCGAGAUCACGCUGGGCCUUCACGCCUGCCUGCAGCUGGGCCGCCUGAAGGAUCAGGACAAGGCCACCCCAGAAAUGGUCUCCCUGCUAAAGAGGAAUAACUGUGGGAAGGCCCUAGACAUCGCCCGCCAGGCCCGAGACAUGCUGGGAGGGAAUGGGAUUUCUGAUGAGUAUCACGUGAUCAGGCAUGCCAUGAACCUGGAGGCCGUGAACACCUAUGAAGGCACUCACGACAUUCACGCUCUGAUCCUCGGAAGGGCAAUCACAGGGAUCCAGGCGUUCACCACCGGCAAGUGACCACACGUCAUCCAGGAGCCCAGAUGGUCCCGAGCCCCCUCCCAGGGAGCUGCUGUGAGCUGAGCUUACUCAGAAAGGUGGCAGGUAGAGCCAAUUUUUAUGGUGGGAGGUGAGAGACUGAUUUUUCAAUAUCAAAAUUUCCCUUCUGAAGUCACUCAGAUGAGCCCCUUAAAAAGAAGGUGGAACUCUGUACCGACUUUCUCAGAUGGAAACAGGUUCCACUUACCUUGGAACAGAAGCUUCUCUUGACAGAGCAGGGAGAGGGAAGGACAGUGACACAGAAGCAACCUCUGUGAGACCCACGGACCUGGUGUCUUACCGAGUAAACCCCACACACACAGCAAGAGUUCCCUGUGUGCCCUCUGACCCUCCCAUCUGGGGGAUAAGUGCCUUAUGCUGGAAGUUGGGGCAGAAUAAGGGGGGAAGAGAGAAUAAUAAAGAGACUGCAUGUCUGACCCACA